GGGAGGAUAAAGAGGAGGGGAAAGACAUUCUUGGGAAUGGCCAAGCCAUUCUGUUCAGUGUUGCCUUUGAAACACAGAGGUGGCGCCACGGCAGCUGCAUUUUUCCAUUGGUUGUGCCGUGCGCCAUUCCUGCAGUCUGAGCUGAGCAAGCAGCACCCAUGGAAUGCCCCUGAACUUGCAAUUUUAUGGUUAAAAAGUUCCAGUUGCACAAUCCGAAUUGGAAGUCUGAUGUGGUUGUGAUGUAAAUGCUGGAAAAAUGAUGGCAGGAACUGCUGUGCUUGGAACCUCAGGGGAACACCAUUGAGAUGAAUUCAUUUUGUGUGUAUGUAGGGGUGUUUGUUUGCAUGAUGUUUCAUUUCACUAAGCCAUUUCCCUCCCUUUUGCAUCUGUAGAUAAUUAGUCAUCUCUUGAAUUCAGUGCAUGAAAUGAACUCAGUUUGGGGUUUUUAUCAUCUGUUGGCUGAGACAUUUCUCUCCUUCCCUGCCUUCCAUCAAAUUCUGCUAAGAACAAUGUCGUUCUGGAACUUGCGACCUUUUAUUUGCUGUCCAUUUUGUGAGUUGCUUUUUCCUUGCCCCCCUUCAAUAUUCCCCCCACAACCUACCAAUUUUUAAGGAGGGUAAGCAGUGGUUUCGCCUUCUGUUUUUUACAGAUGGAGAAAAUGAGGCUCAGGAAAGUUCAGAGUCACACUGAAAAUGUCCAAGUUGGAAAUCCAAAGGUAGGCACCUAAAUUUAUAUUCAAGCACCUGAAAAUAUAAGCGGCACCCGCAUCUCCCAUUCGGGAGUCCUCUGAAAAUGGGUCCAUUUAUGCUUGGGUGCCUAUAUAUGGAUUUAGGUGCCUAGCAUCAGGCACCCACGGUUGAGCAUUUUGUCUCAAAAUGCGUAAUAUCGUUCUUGGCCACUUGCGGCCAACUCGCAGCUGAGUUUUGAUAAGAUUUUGGUUUUCCUCAGUGUGCAACUUGAUAGCACACUGACUUGUGUUGCAUCUCCAGGGUCAAAGCUGGUAGGCAUCUGAGGACCAGUUGCUGGGGUGCACAAGCAAGGGAAAGUGCUGUGGCAUCCAUAUCCUGCUUGCAGGCUUCUCAGAUGCAUCUGGUUGACCGCUCUGAGAGCAUGUUGCAGGACUAGAUAGACUGUUGGUCUGAUCCAGCUGCCAGGCUGUUCUUACAGUCAUAAAAAAGGUGGUGCAGAGUUGGCCAGAGAUUGUCUUGUUAGUUUCCUACCUUUUUAUACAGUCUACCUGCCAAAACCCUUCAGGCGGUUUACAUUCUUAUAAUAAGCACUUCUGGAUUUAAGAUCUGUCCAUCAAGACAAACUCACAUACUAACACGCAAGGUGGUCAAACACACAUCUGCCUAUUCAGGUUAGGGAUAGGGAGCGUGUGGCUCUCCAUAUACUCCUGGACUACAACUCCCAGCAACCCUGACUAUGGCCAUGCAAAUUGGGGCUGAUGGGUGUUGGAGUACAGUACAGGCAAUUCCCUGUUUGCGUGGGAGUUGCGUUCCAGGUCAUGGUUCGUUUUGGCGGUUGCGCGUCAAUUGGACGCACACAAACUAGCCUCUUAAAAUAAUUCUCCUUAUAACAAAAGUUCGUUCAGAUCUCUAAACAUAAAGUUUUAUCAUAUGUAAAAGACAGAGAAUAUGUUUAAAUGAACAUUCUGCAAUGUUUCUCCCGCUUGACUACCCAACACUUUCCACAAAUACCAGUUGUGUUUUACUCUGUAAAAGCAGUAUGCAUGGGGUGUGUUUGUGUGUGGACGCAAGGAAAGUGCUUAAGCAAAUGCUCCCCUCUAUUGUCCACCCAACUUCCCCUCCUUUUUUCUGCUGCUCCCAAGUCCCAGAUGUGGGUGGUCCGACAUCCCUCCCUCUUACUGACUCACAACAGUAAUUAAGCAACCAAGCGUCCUUUACAAUGGGUGCUGCCUGCCGAGUGCCAAAGCCUUAGUGCUGCCUCUGUGUUUUGUUUUAUAACUUUCACAAUAAUGGUAAGCCCCCAUUGUCAUCUCCCAUAUUACAGAUGAGGGAAAACAGACUUGGUGGAGGCAGAAUUUGAAUCUCGGUCUCCUAACCAUCAUACUGAGCCAGCUCUCAAGAUGCUGGCAAAGAGAUGCACCCCGUUUCCAUACUACUCACCCAUGGCACCCAUUUUUCUGCAGUACUCUGUGGCCAGAUUGUUGCUCCCUUCCUGUCCCAUGAUACUUAGUGAUCCCACUAUCAUAGAUGGUGUCCUCCCCCCAACUUCAACUCCUCCAUCUCCCAAACUUCCUAGUUUCCAUUAUGAGAUGGGAAAUGAGAAAGACAGGAGAUACUUUGCAGACCACUGGAGUUGUUUGCUUUAGGGGUGAUCAGGUUGCCUGUGGCCCUUCAGAGGCUUCCAGCCAUGCACACAGGACAUAAGUGAACAAUGAGAUUUGCUAGCCCAAGAGAUAGUGAGGGCCACCAACCUGGAUGGCUUCAAAAGCGGAUUAAUUGAGGAAAUGGCUACCAGUGGCUACUGGCCAGGAUGCCACAGUAUGCCUCUGAAUACCAGUUACUGAGAAUUUCAAGUGUGGAGAGGGCUGUUCCAUCCAGGUCCUGCUUGUGGGCUUCUCAAAGGCAUCUGAUAGUAAGAACAGCAUGCUGGUCUAGAUUGGCCUUUGGCCUAUCCACCAGGGUGGUUCUUACCUUCUUAACUCUAAUCAACCCUGACCAUCACCCACAUUGGUGGGGGCUACUGGGAGGCAGAGAUUCCAAGAAAGUCUGGAGGGUGCCAGGUUCCCCAUUAUGGACAAAAAUCCACAGAUCCUCCCUUCCCGUCCCCCAAGAAAGGUCAGAUCCAGCGGGCUGUUAGCAUGCCAUUUAUGCCAGUUUUUGUUUUCCCUUUUCCCAAGUUCUGCAAAUACUAGGUUCUCUCUGUAACGAUGGCCCAGCAUGCACUGUGCUGGUGAUGUCACACUCACCUCAGAUCUCCGCUGCAGACGAAAGCAGCGCCCUCUAGGGGCUCAGGUAAGUCCUGUCCUUUUUUUGUUUUACAAUAUUAUGUGGUCUCGUAACUAUUGGGCCCAUUUCCUCCAUUGCCAUUGGCCAUGCUGUAAGAUAAAGAGUUAAAAACAAAAAAACAAACAAAAAAUACACACAUAUGUGUCAUUCAAUAGGAAACUUUUGCUUAUACCACACAAUAUUGUAAAACCCAAAAAAGAACGCCCCUCUUCCCUUCUGAAAUGGAGGUGGAAACGCAGAGUAAGUCCAUAGCUCACCACAUGGAACAGAGGCUUCCUUCCAUGGAACAAGGAAUGGGGAAGUUGUGCUGGCGCACAGUUAGAAAGCUGUGGGAGAUUCACUGCUCCCUCGCUCCUGCCUAAGCGAUGGUUUGGCUUGCUGUUGUGUCCCAACCUGGGUUUUCGUGAUUGGUCACACUUCAAAGGAAACGCAAGCAGUAAGCCGAGAACAAAUCUUGGUUGCAGCUUGCGGUUUGUUUGGAGCAACACAAAGCCCAGUGCCGGGUUGGGACAUAGCGCUAAGCCCAACCUGUGCAAGUAGUGAUGUGUCUGCAGUUUUGUCACUGUGCGCCAGCAUGCUUGCUCGCCUACAUUAAGCCAUAGUUUGCCCCAGCACUGUGUGGGAACCAGGCCAGUACAUUACACCAGCCUCCUUCAGCCACGGAUGGAGUUCAAAUCAGUUAAACCGAGCUGAUGCAAAAAUUUCCGCCUGUGGACACUGUGGUUGCUAAACAAGAGGCAUUUCUUCUUAGGCUGUUCUGGGAAUUCGGUCUCACUUUAUGUUUUUUAAACCAACACCACUCAGCGAAGGAACACCUUCACCUGCAUCAAUUUGCACACAACCCCAAAGUCAUGAAACCUCUUUCUAACUGGGACAUAGAUGAGAUGCUGGGGAAUACAUAUUCAGUCUUCUCUUAGCUGUCUCCCACCCCCAGGUUCACUAUCAGGAUGGUCUUCUUAUCUGAUUGGAGCAGGACAAAAAGGGGCACUUAAACCUCCCCCCCCUUGGGCAACUUUCUAAGUGAAAUUGCCCCCCAGUCCAUUUCCCGCUGCUGUUUUGCCCAUGUAAUCCUAGAAAGAAGAUCCCUUUCUGUCUUACCUAGUUUGUCUUUCAUUUUAAAAAGGUGCUCUUUUCUUCAUUGUAAUAUACACAAAAUAAAAAUGAAGGAGACAACACGUACAAGCAGGUGAGGAGUCGUACGGGUGGAAAGGAGGCCUCUUGUUUUGGCGUGAGAAAGUCUGAAAUAGACACAACAGGUGUGUAGGCGAAUGUUGGGGGAAAUGGGGCAGGGCCCCUCUCCAAAAUAAGCCACAGAAUGAAACUAAGCUCUUCCAUGUCCACUAGCAGUGGUUUCAUUUUGCUGGUAUGUUUUGGAUUAGACCUGAGGACCUCUAAAGUAUUCAGGUCCACACUGGCCACAUGACUGCCACUUUAUUCUCCUCUCCUCUCCUCUUCUGCCCAACCCAUAGUGACGUGACCCUCCACUUUUGUGUGGGUGUUGGCGGUUGGCAGGAUUCUGCGAGUGCCAUCUUAGGACAGAUCGGGCACGAGAUGCCCUUACUAGGCUUCUUGCCUGAUGACAAAGCUCUGAGUUCAGCCUCUGGCCUCCAGAAACUGUAUUUUGGAGGACAACUCCCUGAUAGGAGUUGCCUUAGACAGCCAGGACCUGAAGCAAACCUUCGCCUCAGACUGGCUUUUGUUGAUGAGGCUCUUAUCUGCAGCAGAGAGUCCCAACGAAGGGUGAGACAUGCCCACCAGCACAGCACAGAAGCUUUGUGGUGAUCGGUGGCUGGCAGGUGGGACUGCCUCGUGUUUUGGGGCAGGGAGCAUGGAAGUUGACAAGCCUUGGCCUGUAUGUUUUUGCAUGUUGGUGUUUGCAAAAAGGGGCUUGCUUAGGGUUGGCUGACAUGUCAAGCAUUAGGGGGUUCUUGGGAGGUGAAGGUUGCUUAAAGUAGGCAAAUGGUUCACAUCGCAGAGCCGUAGAACUGUAGGGUUGGAAAGGAUUUCAAGGGUCCAGCAGCUCAACGCCGAAAUCGAGGAUGUAAGUGACGGCGAAUAAGCCUGCCUCAAAUUCCAGAGAGCUGCUGCCUACCCGUGGAGACAACACUGAGCUCUCAACCCCCCUUCUCAACCCCCGUCUCCCCGUCCCCUGUCCUAUGACUCUUGCUUCUGCCCCUCUUCAAUCCCCCCCCCAGUUGUUGAUUGCUUUCUCAAGGAUCUUGCCAGUACUGGGGCAACUAGGGAUGUUUUCUUGCCAUGGUGCUGUGUGUUUGCCCAUUGUUGAAAAGCUACUUCUCUUUGUCUUUUAAUUGCAAUUCGCACUUGUAUGUAACACAUGCCCCCUUCUUUGGGGUCCUGCAGAACAACGGUUGGAACUUUCUGGAGAGGGGUGGCUAACCCUCUUCUUCCCAAGGGACAAAAUUCAGCCUUGGAAAAGCCUUUGGGGGCUACAUGCUAGUGAUGGAUGUGACCUCACACACAAGCACACAAGAAACACAGCUGCCCUCCUCAUCUUUGUGGAUCAACUGAGGAGGGUUUUUCCUUUUCACACUUGCUCAUCAAAUGAUUCAUCUCAUGACAGGGGAGGGGGGAAAUAGCGACUCUGAGAGCGAAAGCCCCAAAAGAAGAGGCCAAAAGCAAAUGAAGAGAACGCAACGAUGGAAGGGGGAGGGCUCUGAGGACGAUGGCGAGGAGGAAGACGGACAGGAACAAGGCACCAGCGCAGAAAGUGAACCAGAGCAGAAGAAAAUAAGAGCUCGGAGACCUGUCCUGAGGAGAGCACCGAGCAGAGCCGUUGCGAAAAAGGUCCACAAGCCCCAGCGUGGGAAGAGGCGGAGGAAAACGGAGUCAUCUGAGGACGAAGAUGAUGACGAAGAUGACGAGGCACCCAAAAGGCAGACCCGGCGCAGAGCAGCCAAAAACGUCAGUUACAAGGAAGACGAUGACUUUGAGACGGACUCGGACGACCUGAUUGAAAUGACAGGAGAAGGGAUUGAGGAACAGCAGGAUAACAGCGAGACCAUCGAGAAAGUGAUAGACAGCAGGGUGGGCAAGAAAGGAGCCACUGGUGCUUCCACCACUGUCUAUGCGACAGAAGUGAACGGGGACCCUUGUGCCGACUUUGAUCCUGAGAAGGAGGAAGGGGAGCCCCAGUACCUGAUUAAGUGGAAAGGCUGGUCGUACAUCCACAGCACGUGGGAGAGCGAAGAUUCCCUGCAGCAGCAGAAGGUCAAAGGGCUGAAGAAGUUGGAGAACUUCAAGAAGAAAGAGGAUGAGAUCAAGCAGUGGCUGGCAAAGGUGACUCCCGAAGAUGUGGAAUACUAUAACUGCCAGCAAGAGCUGGCUUCCGAGUUGAACAAACAGUACCAGAUAGUGGAGAGAGUGAUUGCUGUGAAGACGAGCAAAUCGGCAAUCCCUGGGUCUGAAUUUCCAGCUCACAACCGCAAAUCCUCCUCCACCGAUCCUGAAUACCUUUGCAAGUGGAUGGGGCUUUCGUACGCAGAUUGUAGCUGGGAGGAUGAGGCCUUGAUAAGCAAAAAAUUCCAGCACUGCAUUGACAGCUUCAACAGUAGGAACAACUCCAAAACGAUGCCCACCCGGGAUUGCAAGGUGCUGAAGCAGAGGCCUCGAUUUGUUGCCUUGAAGAAACAGCCACCUUACAUUGGUGAUGAGAACCUGGAGCUCCGAGACUAUCAGCUGGAAGGCCUCAACUGGCUGGCUCACUCAUGGUGCAAGAGCAACAGCGUCAUCCUGGCAGAUGAGAUGGGCUUAGGGAAGACAAUCCAGACCAUCUCUUUCCUCUCCUACCUUUUCCAUCAGCACCAGCUGUACGGCCCCUUUGUGAUCGUGGUGCCCUUGUCGACGCUGACCUCGUGGCAGAGGGAGUUUGAGAUCUGGGCGCCGGAGAUCAACGUGGUCGUCUAUAUCGGAGAUCAGAUGAGCAGGAACGCUAUCCGUGAGUAUGAGUGGAUCCACGCGCAGACCAAGCGGUUGAAGUUCAACGUGCUCAUCACAACAUACGAGAUUCUCCUGAAGGACAAGACUGUUCUGGGGAGCAUUAACUGGGCCUUCCUCGGUGUGGACGAAGCUCAUCGCUUGAAGAACGACGACUCCUUGCUGUACAAGACGUUGAUCGACUUCAAGUCGAACCACCGGUUGCUCAUCACUGGGACGCCCCUUCAGAAUUCUCUCAAAGAGCUCUGGUCCCUGCUGCAUUUUAUCAUGCCAGAGAAGUUUGAGUUGUGGGAAGAUUUUGAAGACGACCAUGGGAAAGGGCGCGAGAACGGCUACCAGAGCCUCCACAAAGUCUUGGAGCCAUUUCUCCUGCGCAGGGUGAAGAAGGAUGUGGAGAAGUCCCUCCCUGCCAAAGUGGAACAGAUCCUGCGGGUGGAGAUGUCUGCCUUGCAGAAACAGUAUUACAAGUGGAUUUUAACGCGCAACUACAGAGCGCUCUCUAAAGGCACUCGCGGGAGCACGUCCGGCUUCCUGAACAUCGUGAUGGAGCUGAAGAAGUGUUGCAACCACUGCUAUCUGAUCAAGGCCCCCGAGGAGAACGAGAGAGAGAACAGGCAGGAGCUGCUGCUGUCUUUAAUCAGGAGCAGCGGGAAGCUCAUCCUCUUGGACAAACUGCUAAGCAGGCUGCGUGAGAGGGGGAACCGAGUCCUCAUCUUCUCCCAGAUGGUGAGAAUGCUGGACAUCUUGGCAGAGUAUCUGGCCAUCAAGCACUACCCUUUCCAGCGCCUGGACGGCUCGAUCAAAGGCGAGAUCCGAAAGCAGGCGCUGGAUCACUUCAAUGCCGAAGGCUCGGAGGACUUCUGUUUCCUCCUGUCCACACGAGCUGGUGGCCUUGGGAUUAACUUGGCCUCUGCCGACACGGUGGUCAUUUUCGACUCGGACUGGAACCCUCAGAAUGACUUGCAGGCUCAGGCCCGGGCUCACCGGAUAGGGCAGAAGAAGCAGGUGAAUAUUUAUCGAUUGGUUACCAAGGGGACGGUGGAAGAAGAGAUUAUCGAAAGAGCCAAGAAGAAGAUGGUUUUAGACCAUCUAGUGAUACAGCGCAUGGACACCACAGGCCGAACUGUUCUGGACAACAACUCUGGCAGAUCCAACACAAACCCUUUCAACAAAGAGGAGCUGACGGCCAUCUUGAAGUUCGGUGCGGAAGACCUGUUCAAAGAGCAGGAAGGGGAAGAAUCUGAGCCACAGGAAAUGGACAUCGAGGAAAUUUUGCGCUUGGCCGAAACCCGAGAGAACGAAGCGUCCACGAGCGCCACAGAUGAACUUCUGUCUCAGUUCAAGGUAGCCAACUUUACAACGAUGGAGGAGGAGGAAGCCCCGCUCGAGGAGAAGUCUCAGAAGGACUGGGACGAUAUCAUCCCGGAGGAGCAGAGAAAGAAGGCGGAGGAGGAGGAGCGGCAGAAGGAACUAGAGGAGAUCUACAUGCUUCCCAGAAUCCGCAGCUCGGCUAAAAAGGCUCAGGCCAAUGACAGCGAUUCGGAUGUUGAGAUGAAGAAAAAGCUGCAGGGGUCGUCCGGCUCGGAGAGCGAGACAGAGGACUCGGAUGAUGAUAAGAGGCCCAAACGAAGAGGGCGACCCCGCAGCGUCCGGAAGGACAUGGUGGAAGGCUUCACAGACACAGAAAUCAGGAGGUUUAUCAAGGCCUACAAAAAGUUUGGAGUUCCCCUGGAACGGCUGGAGUGCAUUGCCCGAGAUGCAGAGCUGGUCGACAAAUCGGUGGCCGACUUGAAACGCCUCGGGGAGCUUCUUCACAACAGCUGCGUUUCGGCCAUGCAGGAGUACGAAGAGCACCUGAAAGAGAACCCUGCAGAAAACAAAGGGCCAGGGAAGAGAAGAGGCCCCACCAUUAAGAUUUCUGGCGUCCAGGUGAACGUGAAAGCCAUCAUUCAGCACGAAGAGGAUUUUGCAGUGCUGCACCAGACCAUCCCAACGGACCUGGAGGAGAGGGCAAGGUUCUGCCUGACUUGCCGUGUGAAAGCUGCCCAUUUUGAUGUGGACUGGAGUGUGGAAGAUGACUCUCGCUUGCUGGUGGGAGUAUAUGAACAUGGCUACGGGAACUGGGAGCUCAUCAAAUCGGACCCAGAACUGAAAUUAACCGACAAGAUCCUUCCUGUUGAGACAGACAAGAAGCCUCAGGGGAAGCAGCUCCAGGCACGAGCCGACUACUUGCUGAAACUACUCAAGAAGGACAUGGAGAAAAAGGACGGAACGAAAGAGGUGGAAGAGACCAAGGCGAAAAAGAGGAAGCCCCGCGCAAAGAAAGAAAACAAGUCUCUCAAAGGGAGAGAUGAGCAUGGGAAUGAGGUCUCCUCUCCUCGACACUCAGACAACCCCUCAGAAGAAGGAGAGGUCAAGGAGGAUGGCUUAGAUAGCAGCCCUGUGAGAAAGAAGCAGAAGAAGAAAGAGGACAAAGAAAACAAGAUAAAGCAGACGGCAAGCCGGAAAGAAAAGGAAGAGGAGAAAGAUAGGAGGAAAACAAAGGGCAAAAGAGAAAAGGCCAAAGGCAGCGAUGCCAAAACUGCAGGCAAAGGGAAGAGAUCUCAGGGCCCCGUCCACAUCACAGCUGGGAGUGAGCCCAUCCCCAUUGGAGAAGAGGAAGAGGAUGACUUGGACCAGGAAACCUUCAGCAUAUGCAAAGAGCGGAUGAGGCCUGUCAAAAAGGCUUUGAAGCAGCUGGACAAGCCAGACAAGGGACUGACGGUGCAGGAACAGCUGGAGCACACGCGGAGCUGCCUGCUGAAGAUCGGCGACCGCAUCUCGGAGUGCCUGAAAGCCUACUCAGACCAGGAGCUCAUCAAGCUCUGGAGAAGGAACCUGUGGAUAUUUGUGUCCAAGUUCACAGAAUUUGACGCAAGAAAGUUGCAUAAGUUGUACAAGAUGGCUCACAAGAAGCGGUCGCAGGAUGAGGAGCAAGAACAGAGGAAAAGGGAGGAAGCCCUGGGAGGCAAGAAACCGUUCCGGUCGGAGGCAUCCGGGUCCAGCCGAGAUUCCGUGAUGUCUCAGAUACCUCAUGGACCUCAUGCUCAGAAGCUCCACCAGCCUCCAUCGCCGCAUCCUUCCCAAAUGCACGGGCACCAGCGGGAGAACUACAACCACCCAAACAAGAGGCAUUUCAGCAGUGCAGAUCGAGGCGACUGGCAGAGAGACCGCAAAUUCAGCUACGGCGGCAACAGCAACCAAGUGUGGGGCGGAGAACGGCAUCAUCAAUAUGAACCGCAUUGGUACAAAGAGCACCACUACGGAGACCGCCGGCCGCGUGGCGAGCCUCGUGGCGAACCUCGCAACUACAGGCUGAACAACCCAAGCCGCAAGCGGCCUUAUGAGCAGUACAACAGCGACCGAGAUCACCGGGGCCACAGAGACUAUUACGACAGGCAUCACCACGAUUCGAAGCGACGGAGAUCAGAUGAGUUCCGGUCUCAGAAUUACCACCAGCAGGACUUCAGGAGGAUGCCUGACCACAGGCCUUCCAUGGGCUACCAUGGCCAGGGCCCCUCAGACCAUUACCGGCCUUUCCACCUGGACAAAUCGCCGGAUUACAAACAGCUUCUCCCCCCUCCUCACUCCCAAGUCUCGGACCCUCGCUCCCCACCCUCACAGAAAUCCCCACACGACACCAAGUCCCCUCUAGAUCACCGGUCACCCCUAGACAGGUCAUUAGAACAGAAGAACAAUCCAGAUUAUAACUGGAGCAGCCGGAAAACUUAGAAUUCAUGGUUGGAAGGUCAGGAGAGAACCUCAUCUGAGGUAAUUUGGCCUGUGCUAAAAUGGCAGCCGCUGUGGUUCAUAACCAGAGACUCUGAACCUGCUGCUGUUGGGUCCUACAUUUGCAGAAGGAUCAUAGGAGCUGGACCAAUCGUGGGGGGGUUGCCUGGAUUUCUGCCCCAAUCUCCCCCCCCCCAUAAUCCUGCUGGCCAAAUGUUUGGGGAGUUGACUUCCCUUCACCUGAGUGACCUGUUGCGGGGGAAAGGCCACACUCACCCUGGGUUUUUGUUUUGUUUUCUGUGUCUCAAGGCCUAACUGGACUCCCACAGACAUUUCAUGGACCUUGAAUCGAUUCUAUUUCCAUGAAAUGUCCGUGGGAGUCCAGUUAGGC